AUGGGUGGACUUUUUGGUUCGAGCGAACCAAUCAAAAUACUCGUAUGGGCCAAAAUUAAGCCCAUGGGUUUGAGCGAAUUGGGGUUCACUCUAACCCUUUAUGGUUCGAGAAAACCCAAUUCAAUCGAAGCACUGCUCAUUCCAACCAAGCUGUUAGAGCUUAUUUGCUCUAACAAUUGGAAUUUGACUCGCUCAAAUGAUUGCUCCACAGUGGCCAACCCCAUGAAAAGAACUUUCUCAUUACUUGCCCGCCACACGGCCAAUUCUUCGCUGGUCAGUGGAAUCAGGAACCGCCUUAAUGAUUCAAUUAAUUCUUUAAAGAUCGUUGAACGUGAUGAGAAAAAUAAGCUACGGCUUUGGUUUCUGUCUUUUGCCCUUUAUAAAUCAAUGGCGAACCUUGAUGCGAUCAGAAGAAUUUAUGAAAUUAUAGAUGGCAAUGCGGAUGGAUCUGUCGUUUCUUCUCUGAGCAAUGAUGAAGACAAAUUUAACUGCGUAGGAUUUGAAGAAUUUGUGCAUUUAUAUCAGUCAAUCUUCAGUAACGAAGACGCGGAAUUAGAAGAUGAGUCAAAGGAUUUGAUGGAAGCUUUCAAAGUUUUUGAUCGGAAUGAAGAUGGAUAUAUCUCUUCCACUGAGCUGCAACAAGUCCUGUCCUCUCUGGGAUUGAUCGCACAGGGCCAACAUUGCGAGAAUAUGAUUUGCAGAUUUGAUUCAGAUUGUAACGGAGUGUUGGAUUUCAUGGAAUUCAAGAAUAUGAUGGCAUCGAAACUCUCUUCAUGA